ACUGCGCAGGACUAUGAGGCGUGACGUAUGACGUGUCCGCUGCGGACUACCAUUCCCGGCAUACCCCGCGUCCGCCCUACCUGCUGCUCCCUACCUGCUCCUGCCGCGGCCAGUCUGCUGGAAUGUGAGGGGAGGAGGCGGAGAGGGAGAGACGCUGGAGACACCGAGACAGCGGCGCCCCGGAGACACCGACACUGCUGACACAGCCAGGGCUAAGCUGCUUGGCUGGCGAGACAACCUCCGCAAGAUGGCGGGCGACCAGGUGAAAUCCACGCAGUCUCUUCUGGAUCUCAACUUCCGAUCUUUGGCGGCCGAGGAGCUGAGUCUGAAACAAAUGGAGCUGAAUUCUGCAACGGCCAAACUGGAUGAGCUGAGGCUGGAACUGGAGAAGCGGAGGUCGUCCAGCAGCCCCAGGAAGGGCGAGAGUGCUGAAGUUCUCACCUCCUUAAGCUCUCCGACUUCAAUGUCCCCAUCCCUCACUCGCCGUUCUCAGCCAACACAAGCCCAGCCCUCGCUUGCUGCAAACUCUUCUCUGCAGUCUCAGAGACUCUGGGCCCCAGAACCAUCACUUUCUGCCCCAAAAGCUCCUUCGUUGACCAUUAAUUCCACCUCCACAGUCCCAAAACUGUCCCUCAGCUCCUCCCCCAACUUUACACGAAAGUCCUUGUCCACGGAGAAUACCGACCCCUUUAUGACCGUCCCAUCGCGGCCUACCUGGGGACGCCCUACCUCGCCUCGCCCCCAGUACUAUGAGCGGCCUGUCUCCACAUCACGUCUCUCUUCGGGCUCCUAUGACUAUGCCGGUGGCCCCAGAUCGUCCCCACAGGGCCCUGAUGGACCUCCAGUUGGGAUGUAUGCAGAAUGGGCUCCACCGCAGAGAUCCCCGUCACCUUACGACGCACAGCCGAGGUUCUCAGAUGACGUCAGUUCCUUGCGCCGCCGGCCUCCGCAGCGCAGCUGGAAUGAGUCUGACCUGGAUACCGUGUAUGAGAAGAAGGCUCCUCAGGAAAGGUCUGAUCGAGCGUCUCUUGGGGGAGUUCCCGUGGUGAAGGCCUGGCGGGAGAGUAGCCUGGACUCUGCUCCAAUGAAGGGCACAGGUGAUGUCUCUUCUACUCUCCCCCGGGGGUACAAGUUCUCUUCAAUGGACCGUGGCCCUCAGGGGCCUGAGCGUGGCCCUCAGGGGCCAGACUCUGUAUGGAGGACUGGUACCGGAACUUUGCCUAGAUCCUUUCCCCCUCAGCAACCCAUCUCUCGCAUUCCUGUCCCGCCUCCUGGAGGUAGAGGCCAGCCGCACAGACCCCUCCCACUCUCCAUGAUUUUUCGUCUGCAGAAUGCAUUCUGGGAGCAUCAGAUUCCACCCCAGGCACAAUUCUCACCUACACCAAUGACUAUGGCAUCAUCAUCACUAGUGCCCAUGCCAGUGGUCAUAGAUUUACCCAGUCCUGCUGUGGUGGCACCACCAGCAAAUGAAGAGGUUCCUCGGCCUCUCAGCCCUACGCGUCUGCAGCCAAAUCUCCCUCCCUCGUUAGCAGAGGUGCAGAGAGUGCUGGAAGAUAUACCUCGGCCACUAAGGAGGCGAGGCUCACAGGAACACACUAUGCAGGCCCCUCUACUUCCCACUGACCGCCGUCAGUAUCGGCAAAUCAUGAGCAGACUCUUUGGGAGGGCAGCCUCCAAACCCUCACCUGCUCCAGAGCAGCCAAAAGCUGAGGAGAAGCUUCAAGGAUCUGCAGGUAGAAGCGGUCCUCCUGUGGCGGAACAGGUCUCAGAAGAGGAGAACUUCUUCCAGAUGCCUCCCAUACCCGAGGAGCUGAAGACAGAAGAGAAGCUGGAAAGCGCCACGCCUAAAUCCAUUGUUGGUCCUGAAGAUCCCAUCUGCAUCAUCCUGGAGGCAUCGCAGUCUGCAGUUGGAGAAGCAGCCCCAGCACAAGCAGAGAUGGAACUUGGUGUCCCGGAGGUGAUAUAUGGAAGCCAGGCUCUGGAACUUCGUUCAGCUUUAAAAGGUCGGAAUUCCCCCAACAAGUCUCGCCCCCGACGAGCCCGCCUAGACCCCCUGAUUUUGCUGCUAGAUGGAGCACUUACCGGAGAGCUAGAAGUGGUUUCUCAGGCUCUAAGGGAGGUUAAUGACCCCAGUCAGCCCAAUGAAGAGGGUAUCACCGCCCUGCACAAUGCCAUCUGUGGGGCCAAUUUCCAUAUCGUCAACCUGCUGAUCAGCAGUGGAGCCAACGUGAAUGCAGCGGACAGCCAUGGCUGGACUCCUCUGCACUGUGCGGCUUCCUGUAACGACCUGCAGAUAUGCUCCGUUCUGGUGCGCCAUGGGGCGGCCAUCUUUGCUACAACAUACAGUGAUGGCACCCUAGCCGUGGAGAGGUGUGAUCCCUACAAAGAAGGCUACAAAGAAUGUCUCACCUAUCUGACUGAGGUGGAGCAGUGUAUGGGGGAGACGCAGAGCGGAGUGGUCUACGCCCUAUGGGACUACACCGCAGAGUUUUCUGAUGAACUCUCUUUACGUGAGGGGGACUCGGUCACUGUUCUAAGGAAAGACGGCGAAGGAGGCAAUUGGUGGUGGGCUGCUCUGUGUGGACGGGAGGGGUACGUACCCCGAAACUACUUUGGGAUGUACCCGAGGGUCCGCCCCCAGCGCAGUCCUCUGUGAUGGAGCAUGUAGAAAACGUGUGAUGUGUAUGUAUGUGUUGUGUCUGCGUGUGCUGGAUAGGGUACGAGUGGGGAACAGCCGUGUACAUUUAGUUUUGCAGCGGCUUCUUAUAUUUUGUAUAAAAACAUUUUGUAAUAAAACAAUAAGCAGUGA